AUGAGUGGUGUGGAGGGAGAAAAGAAAAAGAAAAAGAAAAAAUAUCAGAAAGACUGGGAGUCCAGAUAUGAAUGGGUUUCAUUUGAUGAAAAAAAGGAUGAAAUGUUUUGUAAAUUUUGUAGGGAGUACCCACUACUGGCUGAUGUGAAAUCUGCAUUAUUUGUAGGCUGUGGUGCGGGUGGAAAUUUCAGAGAGGACACACUGUUUCACCAUAAUAAAUCGGGCAAACACCUAAAAUGCGAGGGGAAAUGGAAGGUAGAAAAAAACAUAAACACAAAAGAAACUGCACCUAUUCAACAAGCAUUCCAUCAAGCUGCCAAAACAUUGAAUGACACAACUGUUAAAAGAAUGUCUGCGUUGUUCAAUACUGCUUUCUAUGUCGCCAAAGAAAAUAAUGCCUAUUCAAAAUUCCAAUCCCUUUGUGAGCUACAAAAAAAAAAUGGAGUGGACAUGGGUAGUAUGUAUCAGAACUACAAUGGUUGUAAAGUUAUUGUAUCAUCAAUUGUUGACACUGAAAAAUCAAAGAUAAUUGAGGUGCUACGAAAUGCUAGGUUUCUUUCAGUAUUGUCUGAAGGCUCUACAGACUCUUCUGUAACAGAACAAGAAACUGUCUUCGUCAGAUAUGUUGGUACUAAUGGUCACCCCGAUACCCAGUUUGUCAGCAUUGUUGCCUUGCAGUCAGCACACGCUGAAGGCGUGCUAACUGGCAUCGAUGAGGCUCUUAACAGUGUGGGGUUAAGCAGGGAACUGCUAGACUCCAAGUUGGUUGGGUGCAAUUUUGAUGGGGCUGCUGUCAUGUUGGGCUCCAAAACUGGGGUGGCAACUAGGAUGAGAGAAAGACUUGUUGGCCGAGACAUUGUUGUACUACAUUGUGUAGCACACAAUUUAGAAUUAGGUGUUCUCGAUGCCAUCAAACAAGUCAAGUACCUCACAAUAUUUCAGAGCACAGUACAACUUGUCUACAAGUUCUACUACUAUUCUCCAAAGCGGAGACGAGAAUUAUCGGAGAUAGCCAAGAUUCUCGAAGAGAGUACCAUUUCUCAAACAGGGCUACAAAAAACUCGUUGGAUAGCAAGUCGCCGUAGGGCAUUAAUUGCUAUUGAAAAGAGUUUUCCCUCUGUGGUUGACCACUUGAAUCAUGCGGCUAGCACAGGCAAAGGCGAUGACAAGGCUAGAGCUAAGGGGAUAGUUCAAGAGAUAUGCUCUGAAAGGUUUGUGAGGUUUCUGUACUUCAUGAUUGAUGUGACUAAAAUAUUGGCAGAUCUGAGCCGCCAAUUUCAAAAUGAAGAACUGUUCAUAACUGACGUUAUGGUAAAACUCCAAACCUGUUUGUUGCGGUUGGAAGAGCUGAAACACAGGCCAGGAGAAUACCUCAACAAAUUGAACUCAAAUCUGUCGCAAGAUCUUGAACUACAAACUGGAAAGGAUCUGACAAGGCAGGUAAAAAUUACCAUAAAAUCACCAUUUGAUUUUGAUAAGACAUUCAAGACAUUUCUAGAUAAUGUCAUUGAAUAUGUCAAUGUGAGAUUCUCCCCAAUCCAGUCCCCUCCUGUCAGCCUUUUUUCUGUGUUUGAUCAUGUGACAUGGCCACACUUCCCAGCUCUUGGUCUGUUUGGAACUGACCAGAUUUGUGAUCUGGUAGAGUUUUUCAAACCAAUGUUCAAUGAGGCGGAAUUGGAAGCAAUGACUGAGCAGUGGCUUGAAUUGAAGGUGAGGCUACACAGACAGAGGGAGGUAAGCCCAUUUGCUACCUAUACCUCCCUACUGGCUGCUAGACCGGAAAGCUUGAAAGCAAUCCUCCUCCUGAUAGAGAUACUGUUUGCCCUGUCGACAAGCACUGCAAAGUAUGAGCGCAGUUUCUCUUCCAUGAAGAGGAUUAAGACUGGCUUCAGAAGCUCUCUGAAUCAGGAAAGUUUGGUUGGCCUCAUGCGAGUUGCCAAUAUGGAAACAUCUGUCAACCACUUUGACCCCGUCCCAGCAAUUUCCAACUGGUUGGGCAAUGCCAAGUACAGACGUGUUGUCACUGAGCAGCCCACCGUCAGACCUGGUAUAAAACCUCAGCUACCAGCUGCUGAACAACCAGAUGGCCCUCAGGGUUUUGAACCACUGGAGGAACCAGCUCUCCCCCAGGCUCCCCCAUGUUUGCUGGAAGCAUAUGAGUCAGAUAAUGAUCAUGACACCGACAGUUUGUCAUUAGACUCUGACUAG